AAAAGACUAAACCCUCCUUGUUUGUCGAUCCCUUCCGCUCUCCGCUCUUGUUCUCGUUCAGUCAGUUCUUCACCUUCCCCUCCCUUCCCUCUCUCUUCUCUCUUCCGAAGAAGAAGAAGAAGAAGAAGAAGAGGAGGGUCACCUGCAGUUCACACAAGCUUGAUAUAGAAAAAUGGCGGACACUGAAGAUAUUCAGCCCCUUGUUUGUGACAAUGGAACUGGAAUGGUCAAGGCUGGCUUUGCUGGUGAUGAUGCUCCAAGGGCUGUGUUCCCUAGUAUUGUUGGUCGGCCUCGCCAUACAGGUGUCAUGGUUGGGAUGGGGCAGAAGGAUGCAUAUGUUGGUGAUGAAGCCCAAUCAAAAAGAGGUAUCCUCACAUUAAAAUACCCAAUCGAGCAUGGUAUCGUGAGCAAUUGGGAUGACAUGGAGAAGAUCUGGCAUCAUACCUUCUACAAUGAGCUUCGUGUUGCUCCAGAGGAGCACCCUAUUCUUCUAACUGAAGCCCCAUUGAACCCCAAAGCCAACAGGGAGAAAAUGACACAGAUCAUGUUUGAGACGUUUAAUGUCCCUGCCAUGUAUGUGGCCAUUCAAGCCGUCCUUUCUCUUUAUGCAAGUGGCCGUACGACAGGUAUUGUGUUGGAUUCUGGUGAUGGUGUCAGCCACACUGUCCCCAUCUAUGAAGGUUAUGCUCUCCCUCAUGCCAUUCUUCGACUUGAUCUUGCUGGUAGGGAUCUGACUGAUGCCCUCAUGAAGAUUCUGACUGAGAGAGGUUACUCUUUUACCACAACUGCCGAACGAGAAAUUGUUCGUGAUAUUAAAGAGAAACUUGCUUAUGUUGCCCUUGAUUAUGAACAAGAACUUGAGGCUGCUAAGAGCAGUUCUUCCAUUGAGAAGAACUAUGAGCUGCCUGAUGGACAGAUCAUCACCAUUGGAGCUGAACGGUUCCGAUGUCCAGAGGUGCUCUUCCAACCAUCUCUCAUCGGUAUGGAAGCUGCUGGUAUCCAUGAGACCACAUACAACUCAAUCAUGAAGUGUGAUGUGGAUAUCAGAAAGGACCUGUAUGGGAACAUUGUUCUCAGUGGUGGAUCAACUAUGUUCCCUGGCAUAGCUGACCGAAUGAGCAAGGAGAUCACUGCACUUGCUCCGAGCAGCAUGAAGAUUAAGGUUGUGGCACCGCCUGAGAGGAAAUACAGUGUCUGGAUUGGUGGCUCAAUCUUGGCUUCACUGAGCACUUUCCAACAGAUGUGGAUAGCGAAGGCAGAGUACGACGAGUCUGGCCCAUCCAUUGUCCACCGGAAGUGCUUCUGAGCUCUGUUUUUCUGCUUUUUGUGUUUGCAUAUCAUUUACCUUUUGUGUCUGGAGUCGGAUUGGUUCAGAAAUUGUCAUCGAUUAUUGUAUUACCGUAUGGAAAUUCUCAUUCCUAUCAUGUAAUGGCUGGAACGUGUACCCAAGUUUAGGUCGGAUUGCAUGUAUAGCUUGCAUAGUUUUGUCCAGUUUGCAGGUGGAGCUAAAGUUUGCUAUUACUUCUUGUUUGUCCCUUGUAGUUAUGUUCAACAAGCAGCGAUGUGGUUGAACAAUGAACUCUUGAAGGCUUUUUCCUCUCCCCGUUUGUAUUAUUCGUCUUGGACGUCAUAUUCUAUGGUAAAGGUUUUCUUUUUA